CUCUUCAAAUUCAAACUGCUUAGAACCAUCAUCAGAUCUCUAUACAGAAUUAAAACCCUUUCUAACUCUAUGUGGAAUUGGAUCAUUAAGAGGUGUCAGACGAAAGGAUUGAAUAGGGAUUAGCCGGUCUUCUAAUUGCUUCUGUUUGUGGGUCAUUUGAUUCCUGAUUAGCCCGGCCACUCAAUUAGCCAGUCUUCUAAUUGCUUGGGUGUGUGUGAUUAGCCAGUCUCUCAUUAACCAAGGAUCCCAGUGACUGUUUGCGAUUAGCCAGUCUCUUGAUUGGCUGUGUUUGUGAUUAGCUAGUCCUCUAAUUUACCAAGGCACUGAGGGAGGAAGGGACUAAGUGAAUGAGUAUGAGUGAGUGUGUGGGGGUGAGUGAGUAAAUGGGUGUGUCAGUGAGUACCAUGCAGGGGUUUUAGUGGUCCAAGGCGCCCCUCCCCUCCCGUCGCUGGUGGUGGCGGCGCCCCGAGUACCCCAGUAAACAGGUCGGUGCCUCGUCGCUCGAGUGUUCCCCGUGCGCGGCGCUGGAUGCUAAUUUGCAGUGACUCGUCUGAUUGACCGCCUCGCCGAGCGUCGCGUGUCGCCGCGGGCCGCGAUAUUACAGGCAUUAUCAGCGAGUGUUUUGACAGGACAAAUCUCAUUGGUUCCUCGUAUUAGCGUCAACUCGGACACAUUCAUUCAUUGGACACAGCCGAUGUAAUGACUCCUCCCAUUGGUCACACGCCUCGCGCCCUCGCCGCCUGGACGCAGCCCCGCCAUUGGUGCCUCGUUAUGCACCUGAUCGGGCCAUUUGCUUGAUGGGGCUGACGUCACGGAGGGCGCCUGACGCCGGCUGACGAGGCUGACCAAUAAACGGAGGUGUGGCCGAGGGGUGCCUCCUGAUGGGCCAGCCUACGCCACACCUGCCGCCCCGCACACCUGAAGCUGGGAAAUACCUACCAAGCGGCCAGCAGCUCCGCGGGUCCCGGCGGCCGCUGUGUGUGGUGGCCCCGCGCUGGGUGGCGGUGAGCACAGUGUGGGAGGAGUCUCCGGCCCCGGCCACUCCACUAAGUUUCGUUUGGAGGGGGCUGGCUGGGGGGGUUCCGGGCGGCGCGAGGGCCCCACACCCCUCCUGCCGGGGACUAGGUAUCCUGUGGGGGCUGUUGCAGCGGCGGGCGUUGACAGGGGCGUCUAGAGCAGGCCUGAGAGGCGCGGGCGGGCGCGGGAGGGGACGGAGUGGGGUGGGCGAGAGCGGCGGGCAACGGGAAAUAGGUGGCGCGCGGCCGUGUGCCGGGGUGGCCGCGUGUGUGUGGUCCGCGGCCCUGACAGUCCUCGACCUGAGCAAGGCUUUGUGUUGCCCUAGUCAGUCAGUACCCGAGCAGCGAGCACAGGGAGACCACCACCAUCUCGCCGCCACACGGGACGCCCCGCACCCACCGCCUGACGCAGUGCAGCGCCGCCCUCGCACAAGUGGGAACGCAGAGGAGUGGCGUGGGAGGGCCUGGCUGGGUGGUCGGCCGCCUACCAGCCUCGAGGAGACAGAGUUUAUAUAGAUGCCGAUGACAUGGUGGCGGCGGGCGGCGGCGGGGCAUAAGCAGAUCGGGUAGUGAAGUCCUCGCGCUCAACGUCUCAAUUAGUGACGUCGACCACCGCUUCAGCUCCUCUUAUUGACAUGCUGAUUGAGCCAUCGAGCGUCGCGGCGGCGGGGCGGCACCUGGCGGCUGUCGCUGCAGCCGAGGCGUCCCUGUGAGGCAGCACUGCAGCACCAGGGCGUCCAGGCGCCGCCCUCCUGCACGCGGAGCGAGACGCGUGCCCUCACCGCCACCCCGACGCCCCGCCCUGCUCCUCCCGCCCCAGUGUAAACAGUGCCCGGCGGUGAGUGCCUGUGAAGUGUCGGAUUGUGUCGCCUGGUGAGGAGGCCGUGCGUGGAGGCAGCCAGCGCGAGCACCUGUGGAGUAGCGACGCGGCGCAGCGAUACCGUGGCCGCGGCGGGGCUGUGAGCGUUGAGGGAGACACGAACGAAGAGAAGGAGAGUUGCAGUAAGACGAGAGCGAAGGGAAGGAGUAUUGCAGUGACAGGAACGGAGGAAAGGAGUGCUACGGUGAGACGGGGAACGAAGGAAAGGAUUAGUGUUGCGUGAGACAGGAACGGAGAGAAAGAAGUGUUGCGUGAGGUGAGACAGGCAAAGAAUAGUGUUGCGGGAGACAGGAACAGCGGAGGAGGAGAGGAGUGAGUGUUGCAGGAGAGAGAUAAACGAAGAGGGAGAGCAGUGUUACCGUAGAGAAAGGAACAGAGGAAGAAAAAGAGUGUUGCAGUGACAGAAACGAAGGAGUGUUGGAUUGAGACACGGACGAAGGCGAGGAGUGUUACCGCCUUGCCAGGGACUUCAUCACCGCCUCCUCCACACGACGCACCAUUUACCACCCUCGCAGCCUCCACUCCACCUGUGCCCCUCUUACCCCUCCUCCCUUGUCCACCUGUUACAACCCCCCCUGUACACACACACACGCACACACACGCACCUACUGGAACGAGGAGUACGCCGCCGCUGCAGCACACACACACACACACACACACACACACACACACACACACUCACAGACACACGGCCCUUUACUCUCCCCCCCCCCCCUCCCCCUUCCAUUUUCACCCCUGCCCAUACCUGUGUCUGGAACGCCCCAAAAAAGGAAGGAAUGUGCGAACGGAUAAUGCGGUUGGAUAGCAUAGACAGUCCCUUCCUGGCGCCCCUCGACCCCAUGCGAGAGAUUCAAGACCAAGACCGAGACCUUCAGGAGCACGGCCCGAUAACUUACCUUCUGCGUCUUCGUCUGCGUCUUGGUCUGCGUCUCCGUCAAGCUCUCCUGCCCCUGCGAAGUGAGACAUCCGCUUGUGGCUGGGUCUUGGCGGGGGCAGUCCGGCGCUAGAGCUCCCCCCCCUGGUCGGCGGCCGCCUGGGCGCUGCUCCCCUGGGCUCCAGCGUGCCCGGGGAGCUUGCGGCCCCGCCCCCGCCCCCCUACCGCAUCCCCCCGUACAUGGAGCACCUCUACCAGUCGCUCCACACCUCCCCCCAGCCCUCCAUCAGGGGACUAUCGCCACUAGAAGGACGCGGCCUCGCUGUUGGCGGCGACUACAUCGGGAUGAGCGGGUUGGCCACGACGCGCCUCAGCGACCCCCACCUCCUCCCCUCCUCCACCCUCACCUCCACCGACCUCCCCUCCUUCAUCGACGGUUCAAGGUUACCGUCGCCGCGGCCCAGCCUCCGCCAGAGCCGCAAAAGAGCGCUCUCCUCCUCCCCCUACAGCGACUCCUUCGAUAUCAACUCGAUGAUUCGCUUCAGCCCCAACUCCCUCGUCUCCAUCAUGAACGGAUCUCGCUCCUCCUCGGCCAGCGGCUCCUACGGCCAUUUGUCUGCAGGUGAGCGGCUCUACCUUCCGACAGGUGCCAUCUCCCCCGCCCUGGGCAUGCACCCCGGGGUAGGCGCCGCCACCCAUCUGCAGCAGCUCCAGGCUCACCUGAUGCGGGGGGCGUCGCUCCCCGGUUCCCCCUUCCUGGCGCCGUCCCCGCUCCUGCAGCACGGCGCCCCGGUCCCCUCGCACCAAAACCUCUUCUCCCUCUCCUCGCAGCCCCCGCCCCCCACGCUGCCCCCCAAGAACGAGCAGGUGAAGAAGGAGUCGCCCACGAUCUCGAGCACCAUGGAGGAGGAGAAGGGGUCCAAGGUGAAGAAAGAGGCGUCCAGCACCACCUCGGGGGCGUGCGGGGCCGUCAGCGCCUCGGCCCGGGACGACGACGGUCUGAAGGAGGAGCCGCCGGACUUCAUCGAGACGCACUGCCACUGGCGGGAGUGUAACAAGGACUUCAACACGCAGGACGACCUCGUCAAGCACCUCAACAACGACCACAUCCACGCCAACAAGAAGUCGUUUGUGUGCCGCUGGAAGGACUGCUCGCGCGAGGAGAAGCCCUUCAAGGCGCAGUACAUGCUGGUUGUGCACAUGCGGCGUCACACGGGGGAGAAGCCUCACAAGUGUACGUUCGAGGGUUGCUACAAGGCCUACUCCCGCCUGGAGAACCUCAAGACGCACCUCCGCUCUCACACGGGGGAGAAGCCGUACAUGUGUGAGUUCCCGGGGUGCACCAAGGCCUUCUCCAACGCCUCGGACCGCGCCAAGCACCAGAACAGAACGCACUCCAACGAGAAACCCUACGUGUGCAAGGCGCCGGGCUGCACCAAGCGCUACACAGACCCGUCAUCGCUGAGGAAGCACGUCAAGACAGUCCACGGCGCCGACUUCUACGCCUCCAAGAAGCACAAGGGCAACGACCACCCCACCACCAACCCGGGGAGCGGCGGCGGCGGCAAGGAGGGAGGCGCCGCCCAUCCUGAGGGCUCCCCGCACUCCGAUGGCGGGAAGGGCGGCUCGCUGUCCAGCCCCUCGGUGAAGAGUGAGGACCCCACGUCGCCGGGCCAGGAGCAGCACAGCCCCCAGAUGGACACGGUGGUGGGCGGCGGCGCCACGCCCAUGGACCAGAGCCGGCUGCUGGAGGGCCCCAUCAGCGACAACAACAUCAGCACCACAGGCGGCUACGAGAGCGUGCUGGAGCAGGAGGAGGCCUGGGACACCGUGGAGGACGACCUUGAGGCCAGCGUGGACCUCCCUGUGGGCGUGGCGGCACUCAACGGCCUCGAGGGGUCCAUGGGCGGCCAGGUCAGUCUGCAGGAACGGAACUUGCGGAACAGAUUGAAAAACCGUCUCCAGGCGAAGGGCUUGGCCAACAUCCUGCCCAACAUCCCCGGGGGGCCGCGCCGCACGCCGGGAGGCUGCGGCGGCGUCGGGGAACUGUCGCAGCGCAUCACCGACCUCAAGAUGACGGGCGGCAUGACCUCCUCACAGCAGGCCCGCAAGACCCUCAUCGACCUCAACCUCCGGCCAGGCCACACCGCCGUGCAGAACAACCGCCGGGACUCCAACUCCACCGUCAGCACCUACUACGGCAGCAUGCGCAGCGACUCCUCCAUCCACCCGGCCAGCCGCAGGUCCAGCGAGGUGUCCCAGGCCUCGGCGGCCUCCAUGGGGCGGCAGAACAUGGUGCCAUCGCCCUACGAUCCCAUCUCCCUGGGGUCCUCGCGCCGCUCGUCGGAGAACUCCAACUUCAACAUGGCCGGCAUCGCGCAGUCCAUGAGCUCCCACCUGGCCAAGCUGCAGCGGCGCGCCAUGGCCACCAGCGAGCUGUACAACACGUCCAACCUUGUGGUGCAGACCCAGAACAUGUCCCUGAGCCAGGACAACCUUCAGGGCGGCUGCGGCUGGACCAACAACAGCUCCGUGGCCGGCAUGAGUGCCUCCAUGGGGGGCACCAACUACAGCUCCAUGGGUCCCCUCGGCCCCAUCGACCCCCACACCCACCAGCACCACACCCACAGCCACGGCCACAGCCUGCACCCCAACCACCACCACCACCACCUCCAGAACCGCUGCGAGGGCUCCCGCCGCGCCUCGGACCCGGUGAGGCCGCUGGAGCGUGGUCUAGGGCCGGGCGAGGAGGGCGCGCCACGGCUACAGCGCCACCACAGCUACACCUCCUUCAACCCCCGCACGCCCCUGCCGCCCAUCACGCCGCGCCACCACCCCAACCACGGCCUGCAGCUGGACCAGGUGGCCGAGGACGAGCCCAUCGAGAACAAGCUGGUGCUGCCUGAUGACAUGGUGCACUACCUCAACCAGAAGGGGAACGGCGCAGACAAGCCCAAGUGUGAGUCCAAGGACACGCGGCGGCAGGGCAGCAGCACGCCCAACACCAUGCCCAGCCAGCAGAUGCCCUCCCCGGCCUACAGCACCCAGCCCAUGCCCAGCCCAGCUUACUCCAACCAGCCAAUGAUCAGCCCGGCCUACUCCAACCAGCCCAUGCCCUCCCCAGCCAACCCUUACCAGUACCCCCAGCCCUCCCCAGGGUACUCUGUCCCCUCCCCGGCCCACCCCUAUGGUGGCGUGGCCAUGCAGACGCCAGCGCCGCCGCAGCAGCAGUUCAGCACGGGGCUGUCAGCGCCCGGCACGGCCCAGGCCUUCAACCAGAUGAGUCAGCAGUACCAGCCCCAGCAGCCCGUGCCCCAGGGCUACAUGCAGCAGCAGCACCACCACCAGCAGUACCCCCAGCAGUACACACAGCAGCAGGGCCAGCAGAUGAUGGGCCAGCAUGUCUACAACCCCAUGAUGCAGCAGCAGCAGCAGCAGCAGGGCAGAUAUGGCGGCCUGGGCCUGCAGCAGGGAGCCAGCGGCUAUGGCAUGGGCCAGGGUGGAUAUGGCCCUGUUCAUGCCUGUGGCCACCUGGCCCCACCCAACCUCCCCACCCCAGCCUACCAGGGCCCCUGUGCAGGGUGCCAGGGCCGGGGCGGGGCCAUGCCCGGGGACAUGAGUGCCUACCAGGGCCAGCACGGAGCCAUGGCCAGCUGGCACGGCUCACAGAUGAAUGUGAACCAGUUCCAGGCUGGCCAGCAGUACGGGCCCCAGCAGCAGCAGGGGGCACAGCAGCAGCAGCAGCAAGGGUCACAGCAACAGCUGGGCCUGAUGGGUGGCCAGGUCCCCAUGGGGGGGUACAUGGGCAUGGGCCACCAGUACCAGAACAACAUGAUGCUGCCCAUGGGCUACUCCGCCUCUAUGUCCGGUGAUGUACAGUGUCGUGAUGUCAGCCAAAGCUCCCAGAGCAAAGGAGGGAAGGCAAAGACCUCCCCCAAGAACAGCAGUGCAAUCAUCCCCGACCCAGCAGCGUGUGGCACCCCCGGCGGCACCCUCACUGGUGCCGCCAUGGACGCUGCGGGCACGCUGGGCACCAGCAAAACGGUGCAGCCACAGCCCCCAGCCACCCCCGACACAGUGGCAGCAGCUGCGGGGUCAGCGGCAGCAGGGCCGGCAGUAGCAGCAGCAGCAGCAGCAGUAGCAGUAGCCCCGGUAGCAGUCGUCAACCCUGCCGUGGACGCUGCCGCCGGGGACAGCAAGGCCGAGGAGGACGGCGCGGCGGGGGACACCAAGACCAACAAGAACUUCAUGAAGCCGGACACGUACCAGCGCACGCUGGAGUACGUGCAGCAGUGCCAGAGCUGGAGCUCCACCGUGGUGAAGGAGGAGGUCACCAGCACCACCGACCAGAAGCCAAAACUCAACCCCAAUGGCACCGUAGCCGGCUACUCAGGGCCAGCGGCACAGGCUGGCCUCUUCCCUCCACCGCCACCACCGCCGCCCCCACAGCAGCAGCAGCAGCAGCAAGCCUCAGCAGGGCCACAGAACCCCUCCAGGUUUGCCACGCCUCUGCCCUCGGCCCUGGCGGAGACCUCCAACAUGGUCAUCAACGACAUGACCUCCUCCCUCACCUCACUGCAAGAGGAAAACAAGUACCUCCAAUUGAUCCAAUGACCUCACCCGCCACACCAGUGUGCCCUGCCCAGCCAGCCUUCAGGGUGACGCCCGUGGGUGCCGGCCAGCAGGGCUGUGUGCCAUCUGUUGGCACAUGGUGGGCAGCCUGUGAGAGGCACCUCCUCAGAGACUACUCUCAUGUCUUGCUAUGAAUGCCUGUGAUGCUCUAGAGUGUAAAUAUUAAUGAGACAAUAAUAUAUUUGUACAGUUGGUUGUGCUGGCGCUGGAGGGAAGCACCAGCCGCCCCCCCCUCCCCCGAGUGAUCUCUCUGUGCCCCACCAGUGCCCUACAGCCCGCCCGUGCCCGUGGCCUGGCACUGUGCUGACCCAGGUGGUGGUCAUGAGGAGUCCCAUUACUAGUGCCUUUGGUGACCACUUGACCAGUGGCAGGCAGGGCGGAGGAUGAGCCGGGCUGCCGGGCAGAACACGGAACACGCCAUGGCUGGCCGCGGUGCCGGGAGACAUUGUGCAAAGCCCUCCAUCAGUGCCAAGUGCCGCGUAGUAAGCAGACAGUGCCAACAGCCAUCCUGCAAGGUGCCAUACCAGUGUGGUUGUAUUCAGGGCCUCUAAGUAAGCGUGUACAGUGUGUGUGUACAGGGAAGCCGUAGCUCUAAGUCUUUCUUUUGUACCGACACAGGUGGCAUCCUUCCUGUCUUUCCAAGUUUCCACAGGACUGUACUUAUAUUUUUUUUUUUUUUACAUAAUGCAGAAUUUCGUCAGAAUAAACCAUUUUUUGAAAC